CGCAGGAAAGACGCUGCUGUCUCGGAGGAACUGGUGGAAGAGCGAGGAAUAGUUAUGGAGAAAGAGGCGGAGGGAGCGCGAGGAGACCCAAAACUGAGAAACGCGCUCAGUUAACGUUAGUUAAUCAACACGGCCGUGUUUCUCCUGCUGCUGGAGGUAUAACGUGGAGGUUCGAGGCUGCGGUUGAACGCAGGUGGGAUUUGGAGUUUACGGCGAGAGAAGAAGGCGAGAGGAUCGCUGGGAGAGGGAGAAAAAUAAAGCGAAGUGAGGGGGAACAGCAGGACUCUCUGAAGGGAGAGAGGGAGCCUGGGAGAGAAGCGAAGAGAGGAGAAGAGAAGAGGAGGGGAGGGGAGAGGAGAAAACGCCCUGCUGAGGGAUCCAUCCUACUCUAGAAAAAAAAAAACACCCACCAAACUUUUGAAGCCUUGGAACCAACGAGCUGCUAACCUACCAAAAACAUGGGGCCUGAAGUUGACCCUUCUUAGUUGGGCAACUAAGUCUAAGUUCUGGUAUUGUUGAGCUGAGCAGUGCUGGGUUGGUUGCUAGUUUUGAUCUGUUGGUUGUUUUUAAAACCCUGGAUCGUGCCAGAGACUUUGGGAGGGAGGGUGGCGAGGAGAAGGAGUUGGAGGAGGAGGAGGAGGUGGUGGUGGUGGUAGGGAUUGUGGUUGAGGUUGAGGUAGAAGUGGUGGAGGAGAAGGAGAUAGAGAAGGCUUCUGCUGCUGCUUUUUCUGCUCCUUCUCUGCAGCUCUAGGCCCCAGCAGCCAAGAGUAAGCAACACUCCCUACUUAACUACUAACCAAGCUAUAUAUUAUUUAAUGCAACGUGCUGGACGUUGGCCAGCACAAAAAGGAUUACAGGAUGUCUCCAGGAGCAGAAAGGAGGAUGGAAAACCGGCUGAAGAAGCUGGAGGCCAUGAUCAGGGACCCCAGGUCUGCCAUCAACUUGGAAAGUUUGCUGGAUGCUGUGAAUGCCCUGGUCCUGGAUCUGGACUUUCCAGCCUUACGCAAAAACAAGAACAUUGAAACCUUCUUAAACAGAUAUGAGAAGGUCAUGAAUCACAUUAGAGAACUACAGAUGAAGCCAGAAGAUUUUGACAGAGUAAAAGUUAUUGGACGAGGAGCAUUUGGAGAAGUGCAACUGGUGAGGCAUAGGGCCUCUCAGAAGGUCUAUGCCAUGAAGCUGCUGAGUAAAUUUGAGAUGAUCAAGCGCUCUGACUCUGCUUUUUUCUGGGAAGAGCGAGACAUCAUGGCCUUUGCCGACAGCCCCUGGGUCGUACAGCUGUGCUGUGCCUUCCAGGAUGACCGUUAUCUCUACAUGGUGAUGGAAUACAUGCCAGGAGGAGAUCUAGUGAACUUGACCAGUACUUAUGACGUUCCAGAGAAGUGGGCAAAGUUCUACACAGCUGAGGUGGUCAUGGCCCUGGACGCUAUCCACUCUAUGGGCUUCAUCCACCGCGAUGUGAAACCAGACAACAUGCUGCUGGACCGCAACGGCCACCUCAAACUCGCUGACUUCGGCACCUGUAUGAAGAUGGAUUCGACGGGUAUGGUGCACUGUGACACGGCGGUGGGAACGCCCGAUUACAUCUCACCCGAGGUGCUAAAGUCGCAGGGAGGAGACGGCUACUACGGUCGAGAGUGUGACUGGUGGUCUGUGGGAGUGUUCAUCUUUGAGAUGCUAGUGGGUGAUACCCCAUUUUACGCUGACUCACUGGUGGGGACCUACAGUAAAAUCAUGGACCAUAAGAACUCUCUUAACUUCCCUGAUGAUGUGGAGAUUUCUAAAGAGGCCAAAAACAUCAUCUGCGCUUUUCUGACGGACAGGGAGGUUCGGUUAGGUCGGAAUGGUGUGGGGGAGAUUAAGAGCCACCCUUUCUUCAAAAAUGACCAGUGGACCUUCGACACAAUUAGAGACACGGCAGCCCCGGUGGUCCCAGAGUUGAGCAGCGACAUAGACACCAGCAAUUUUGAUGAGAUCGAAGAGGACAAAGGCGAUGUGGAGACGUUUCCCACACCUAAAGCUUUCGUAGGAAACCAGCUCCCCUUCGUUGGCUUUACUUACUUCAAAGAAGACCAGUUAUUGACCUCUUCCAACAGUUCAGCAGAACAUCCCACAAAAGGAGAGGACAGUGUUGCAAUCCAGAAGAAGCUCCACUGCCUGGAGGAGCAGCUCAAUAAUGAGAUGCAGGCCAAAGAUGAACUGGAGCACAAGUACAGGACGACCAGUGGACGACUGGACAAAAUCACCAAAGAACUCGAAGAAGAGAUAAACAGUAGGAAGGCUCUGGAGUCUUCUCUGCGGCAGCUGGAGAGGGAGAAGGCUCUGCUACAGCACAAGAGUGUGGAGAGCCACAGAAAGGCAGAGAGUGAAGCAGAUCGUAAACGCUGCCUCGAAAAUGAAGUGAACAGCUUGAGAGACCAGCUGGAAGAGAUGAAGAAGAGAAACCAGAAUUCUCACAUUUCCAACGAAAAGAACAUCCAGCUGCAGAGACAGCUGGACGAAGCGAAUGCUCUGUUACGCGCUGAAUCGGACGCAGCGACACGGCUACGAAAGUCGCAGACAGAAUCCAGUAAGCAGCUGCAGCAGCUGGAGACGCAUGUGCGGGAGCUGCAGGAUAAAUGCUGUCUGCUGGAGAGCAGCAAACUGGCGCUGGAGAAAGAUUACAUCAGCCUGCAGGCCGCACUGGACACUGAGACGCGGGAACAUACACAGCGUUCCGAGACCAUCUCCGACCUGCAGGUGCGUCAGUCCAGUCUGGAGGAUGAGGUGAAGCAGGUGAGACAGGCUCUGGCUAAAGCUGAGAGUGAAAAGAGGCAGCUUCAGGAGAAACUCACCGACCUGGAGAAGGAGAAGAGCAAUAAGGAAAUUGAUAUGACAUAUAAGCUGAAGGUGCUGCAGCAGAGCCUGGAGCAGGAGGAGGGGGCCCAUAAAGCCACGAAAGCCCGCCUAGCCGACAAGAGCAAAAUCAGCGAGUCCAUUGAGGGAGCCAAGUCUGAGGCCAUGAAAGAAUUGGAGUGGAAACUGCAGGAGGAACGUUCCUCCAAGCUGCGUGUGGAGAACCGGCUGCUGGAGCUGGAAAAGCAGAACUCCAUGCUGGACUGUGAUUACAAGCAGGCCCUGCAGAAACUCGACGAGCUGCGCAGACACAAGGACAGGCUCACUGAGGAGGUGAAGAACCUGUCUCUGAGGAUCGAGCAGGAAAUGCAGAAGCGCAGCCUGACCCAGAAUGACCUGAAGGUGCAGAACCAGCAGCUGAGCACACUGCGGACCUCAGAGAAGCAGCUGAAGCAGGAGAUCAACCACCUGCUGGACAUCAAGCGCAGCCUGGAGAAGCAGAACACUGAGCUGCGCAAGGAGCGUCAGGAUUCUGAUGGUCAGAUGAAGGAACUGCAGGACCAGUUGGAGGCUGAACAGUAUUUCUCAACACUAUAUAAGACCCAGGUUCGGGAGCUGAAGGAAGAGUGUGAGGAGAGAAAUAAGCUAUAUAAAGACAUGCAGCAGAAUCUGCAGGAGCUACAAGAAGAGAGGGACUCGCUGGCCGCCCAGCUGGAAAUCACCCUGACAAAGGCGGACUCAGAGCAGCUGGCACGCUCCAUCGCUGAGGAGCAGUACUCCGACUUGGAGAAAGAGAAGAUCAUGAAGGAGCUAGAGAUCAAAGAGAUGAUGGCCAGACACAGGCAGGAACUGGCUGAGAAAGACACCACAAUCAGCUCUUUAGAGGAGGCUAAUCGCACGCUGACCAGUGAUGUGGCGAACCUGGCCAAUGAGAAGGAAGAGCUGAACAACAAGCUGAAGGAGUCAGAGGAUGAUAUGCAGAAACUAAAGGAUGAUGAGCAGUAUAUCACUCAGAUGAAGCUGGCUUACGAGAAGCAGCUGCAGUCCGAGCGGACCCUCAAAACACAGGCCGUGAACAAGCUGGCCGAGAUCAUGAACAGGAAGGAGGUGCGUGGCGGCGGCAGUCGCCGUGGAAACGACACGGAUGUCAAGAGGAAGGAGAAAGAGAACAGGAAGCUGCAGCUGGAGCUGCGCUCCGAAAAGGAGAAGCUGAACAGCACAAUCAUCAAAUACCAGCGGGAGAUCAACGACAUGCAGGCGCAACUGGCGGAUGAGUCUGUAGUGCGGGUGGAGCUGCAGAUGGCUCUGGACAGUAAGGACAGUGAUAUCGAGCAGCUCCGCGGCCUCCUGAACUCCCUUAACGUCCACUCACUCGACUCGGCCAGCAUGAGCAGCGGCCCUGAUUUCGAGACGGAUGAGUCACUGCCAGAGACCAGACUGGAGGGCUGGCUGUCUCUGCCUGUGAGGAACAACACCAAACGCUUUGGCUGGGAGAGAAAGUACGUUGUGGUGAGCAGUAAGAAGAUUCUAUUCUACAACAGCGAGCAGGAUAAAGAACACUCCAAUCCAUAUAUGGUGUUGGAUAUAGAUAAACUCUUCCACGUUCGUUCAGUCACACAGACAGAUGUUUAUCGUGCUGAUGCUAAAGAGAUUCCCAGAAUAUUUCAGAUCUUAUACGCUAAUGAGGGUGAGAGUAAAAAAGAGCAGGAGCUGGAGCCUCUACCCAUAGGGGAAAAGUCCAGCUACAUCUGCCACAAGGGCCAUGAGUUCAUCCCCACCCUCUACCACUUCCCCACUAACUGUGAGGCCUGCACAAAGCCCCUGUGGAACAUGUUCAAGCCACCUCCAGCUCUGGAGUGCCGAAGAUGCCACAUCAAGUGCCACAAAGACCAUAUGGACAAGAAGGAAGAGGUUAUUGCACCAUGUAAAGUGAACUACGAUGUAUCUACAGCGAAGAACCUGCUGCUGCUUGCUGCAUCUCAGGAAGAGCAGCAGAAAUGGGUCAGCAGGCUCGUCAAGAAAAUCCCCAAGAAGCCGCCCGUGCCAGAGGCAACCCACCGCUCCUCUCCACGCGUCCCAGUUAAAGUUCAGGCCAGCCAGUCUCUGAGGAGACCCAGCAGACAGCUACCAGCCAGUAAACCCAGGGCUCUAGAUGUUGGCAGCGAAGACUGGCAUUGGGCUUUGGAUGAGGUUGAUGAUGCUGAUGUUGAGAAUGCGUUUAAUUUCUGAGGAGCAUGCAGGGUUCAAUCAUGGUAACCGCUGGCUUAAUGAUUGUGAAUGUUCUUUCGCUUGUGGUGGGUUGUGGCUGCCACUGGAGCAGACUUUAGUUCGUCUGCUUGGUUUGGUGGGUAGAAAUGGUAUCUGCUGCCAAGCGGGAGAUGGAGAACUUGGCAGACGUUUGUGGACGCUGCUGAACCUUUUUAAACAUCCUCUCUUUCACAUUGCCAGACUCUGUUACAGUCUGGUUGGAUUUGAAGGAAUAAUCUGGCUGGAAAUCAGAUUUAUAGUGUUUGAUUUGAUCUUAUGUGAAAUGUUGUCAAUCAGCCAAGAAAUACCUGUUUUUUGCCCGAAGUUUGCUUGUUUAGCUACAUAAAAGCUAAUUUAAUGCUAACAGUAGUAGUAAGCAAUAUAUUGAUUCAUCUGGUGAACCAGUUGAUUUAUCCUAAUAUAUUGUUUAUCCUAAUAUAAGUUUUGUUAUAAUCUUUGUACCAGUAUGUAAGAAAAAAUAAGAGCAAAUAACUAUUUGAAAAUCAACAUCUUAACUUAGCCCAUUAGCCUAACAUGCACUAGCCUUUUAGUUAGCAAUAAUAAUAGCUUAAAGUCUCCAGUUGUCAGCUGGUACUGAAUCAUAAAUAACUGUAAUAUUUGCUAGUUGUUUUUGUUUUGCCAGCUGUGCACAAAUAUAAAUGUAUUCAAUGCAGUUAGCAUGCAAACUCAAAUGAACAGUAAACGAAGAGCAUACUUACCGAUAUGCUAACACAGCUACUAAAACAGUAUAAACUCUAAUUAUGCUAAUUAGAUAACAUAUAUAAUAAAUAUCUGUAAUAGUUGUGGCAGGAAUAUAGAGCUGUGCUUAUAUCAGUUCAUUGUAUUCUGACACAUCAUAUGAAAGUUUAUUAGCAAUGCUAAUUAGCUAGCUAGCUAACUAGCAUCUUGGAAAUAGCAUAUCAAAAUAAUACACACCUCAAAUUACCUCAGAAUAGUCUCAAACUUCCUAAUGUGGUCUGUGUUGAUCAAUUAUUAGUAGUAAAACAGACUAAUCAAACUCCAUUUGAUUUUAAGAUGCUGCUACUGAUGCUUAGCUCUACUUCAGACUGUUUUUCUAGUAAGUAGUAAAAAUACAAAUUUAGGAACCACAUACUGAAGUAUGUUUAAGAGUACUGAACAACUCCACAAGGUUUCAGAAGAGUGUGUGAUGAUUUAGGCAUGCUGGUUUACACAAGUGUCACACAUUAGCUAUGUUAGCUUUUUAGCUCCUGUACUAAACUAAAGGAGCAACCAAAAUGUGUCUUGGCUGAUGGGACUACAUCCGUUCUAAAAGUGGGAAAGGAAAAAUGUAAAAACUGUUUCUUAAAGAAACACAUCUUACACUCCAUAUUUGCAUUGCAUUCCAUUUACCGUAUUUUAUAGACUUUAGAUUUUAUAUAGAUUUUAUAGUGCAAAAAUAAAUACGGUAAUAUGGUUGCUCUGUUAGCAUUUUUGUGCUAAUGAAGGAGAGAAUGUUUACAAAAAUCUGGGAUAUUGGCCUUCCUUUCUAUCCGCCAGAUUUUUAACCGUUUGGCUUCUAACCUUCUCACCCCAGUUCCCACAGGUCACAAUCUCCAGAUACGAGACGAGAGGACUCCAACUGCCUUCUGACUAAAUGACUCUUUUUUUGUUUUGUUUUUGUUUGUGUUUACAUUUGUUUGAUUUGCUUGUUUACCAAACUUUUAUUUAUCAAAUUUGCAACACUAUGUUUACUCCUAGUUGGACACUGAAUAUUUAAAUAUAAUGUAAAAAAAAAAAAGACUAAAAUAUUACAUUUUAGUACGAUUGUUACUUGUUACUUUAAGAAUAAAAGUUUGUGAACUGGAGUGUGUGUGUGAUGAGCAGGGCUGUUACAGGCAUGUUGACUGCGCAUGCAGGGUGUGUGUGUGGUGGUGUGUGGUGGUGGAGAUCAACCCUUAGAAGUCUGAUGGUUAUUAUAAUAAUUUCCCUCAGUAUUUAAAUUAAAUUUGGGUGUUAUACAAUAUAUGAUUUGAUGUACAAGUUAAACGUUUGUACACACCUUAAAUUCCCCUUUGUUGCACAGGAUAAGUUCAUCAGAGUUACCAGCUUCAGAAACUGCAAGUUGACAGCUCCCCAGAUAAGAGCACCUACAUUCUUCAGAGUAUUUUGGUUUGUUUCUUCAUAGCCUGGAUGACUUUAGCAUUAAUUUACAAUGAAGGAGAAAAAUAAAACAUUAAAUGAGAAGGUUUGUCCAAACGUUUGACUGUUACUGUAUUUUAAAACAUUUCUUGAACAUUUGCCUUAAAAUAAUAUGCUAGAGGGAAGUACAUGCUAGCUUUAAACCUCCAGGCACUGGUAGCAUUGUCUCAUAAUAGAAGUUCUAGUUAUUGGAAAUUUAAAAUUACUAAUGGGGCUCAAAUUGUUACAGUAUAUGGGUUUGUUUAUUGUACUCUUCAGUACUUGAUAUACAUGCUUAAUAAGUGUGUCAAUGUCAAUUACUGAGAUUGUAGGCCAUAGACUGUGUAUAAGAGUGGACUGGGCGACUGAAGUUAAAAAGAAAAGUCUAAAUGUCUCAUACACCCUCUGGUGGCCAAUCUUCUAAAAUUGCCGGCUGGGUUCUUUCAAAUUUGAAAGCACCUCCAUGUUAAUAACCUAUUCCCAGUGUUUUCUUUUACAAUUAACAGUAGGAGUUUUUUUUAUUUGAUAUUUGAUCAUAUUUACAGUGGUGUGUUGAUAAACAGAUCAUCUUAAACAUGUACAGUACCAGCUAAAAGUUUGGACACACCUCUUCUUAUUCAGUGUUUUCUUUAUUUUUAUAAUUUUUACAUUGUGAAUUUAAUACUAAAGACUGUAUUAAAGCUAUACAGGGACACAUGCAUUAUGAAUUAUUUUGUAAACAAAAAGUGUUAAACAAACCAGGUUAUUUUUAUACUAUAGGUUCUUCUAGGUAGCACAUUUAUCUUUGAGGACAGAUUUGCACACUCUUGGUAUUUUAAUCUCAGUGUCUUCAUGAGGUAGUAACUGGAACAGUUUUUUCAGUGUUUUCAAGGAGUUCCUGGAGGUGCUGAACAAUAGUUACUGCUUUUCCUUCAAGCUGUGAAGCUCCAGCUCAUCCUAAAUCACCUCAAAUCAUCAUCUUAGUUCAUCAGGUUUAGAUCAGGGGAUUACUGUUUACACAUAAUCCAUAUGUCCCUUAAUUGUUUUUAUUGUCCUUAAUUAUUAAUCUACAAUGUAAAAAAAAUAAAGAAAGAAAGAAAUACAGGAAAAUGUUUAAUGGGAAGGUGUGUCCAAACUGGUACUGUAUUUCAAAAUAAUAAAGGGCAUAUUGAUGUAUAUACAGACUUAGUGUGCACUUGAUUGAGCCAUCAUGUUGUGUUAAAGUUAAGUUCAGUUGCUUUGUGCACAGAGAGGUAAAGGGUUUCACUAAGCGCUAUAGACAGGAUCCAAUUGCAUUCCUAGAUUUAAUCAGUGCUGGUAAUAAUAACUGUGACCUCUAAGGGUUAAACGAGUGGUUCCUGGUUUUGGUUAUUAAUGUUAAAAUAUAAAUAAAUAUAUUUAUAACUAACUCUCCCUCUUUUUCCUCCUCUUUAGCUAACCUCACUUUGGGAAUGUGGUGUAACUGCGUGCUGAGGUGGGGUCUCCUCCUUUCACAGCAACUAAAGACUUGCGGUCGUAAUGUUUUACAGAGUUUUUGCGAAUCCAAAAUAGAAAGAAUGAGGGAUGCACGAGUGCUGUUUUUUUUUUCUUUCUCGUUUUUUUCCUCCCUGAACGUUGCGGCGUAGGAACUUCUCUGGUUUUCUCUCUUUUCUGCAUCAAGAGCUUUUCAGAAUAACUGCGAGACAACUCUUCAAAGCUCAUAUUCAUCUGCAUCAACAGAAUCAAAGCUCCUCCUCCUCCUUCUUCAUCAUCAUCAACCAAAAAAUAAAGCACUUAACUUGGGCAUCGCCACUGUGGACCACCAACCGAAAGAGAAUACAGGCUGUGGAGGAAAAACGCGAUCAUGUCCUUUUAAAUGUUCCUGAUAAAGCACUGUUUUUCCAUCAUAUCAGCUGGACAAACAUUGUCCAGAAAAGUUUUUUCUUGUGUGUACUUAAAUAUGUGUAAACAUCAUACAUUCAAAAGUAUUGGAUCAGAGAGGAGGCCUGAGACCCAGUUGAAUCUGGGCUUUUUUCAAACAUUAUCUGCCAUAAUGUCUCAAAGAAUGUGGUUUUGGUACUGUACACUACACUGUCGGAUAGAAAUUGCCACUAAGCGCAGUUUAUAUAUACGUAUAAUAUAUAAAUGCACUGUAUUCCCAGAAGUAUGUAGACACCUCUUCUGACUCCGUUGCAUCCAUUGCAAGUGAACACACAGCUUAAUCACAAAAAAGCUUGGCUGGAAGGGUAUGAAGCCCCUCAGCAUUCAGCUCUCUGGAGUGAUGGAGCACCAUCCAGUACCUUUGGGAUAAGUUGGAGUGGCAGAACUAUUGACAUCUAGUGUAAAGCCUUCCUUACAAGUGUGAAGGCCGUUACUGCUGGUAAAACACGUGAUUUAAGAAUAAUUACAUCACAGGAGGUGUCCACAAACAUUUGGACGUAUAGCGUAUAUGUAUGCGAAGUCACAGUCCACUGUUGUGAUGAUUACCAUGUGGUGUUUCUAUAUAUUUAUAUAUAUAUAUUUCACUGUGGAAUCUAGCGCAUCCAUCAGACUCACGCCGCUGGGACUGUAUUCAUGUUUACUCCCCCGUACAUGCCUUAAUCUCUGCACCAGUGCUCCACGGUCACCAGGGUGCCAGGUUGACUCUUGCGUGAUGAAUGUAAAGCUGAGAUGACCGACAGUAUUGUUUGUAGAUGCAGGUUUCAUAUCUACGAAGACGUCAGAACAAUCGCAGACCACAUUUUAUGAUCCUGGGAGGGGAAAAUGUAAGUUGUAGAGGUCCAAUUUCAUAUAAGACAUGAAGAUCAGCUCAAUCUUAGCAGUCAGUGAAUCAAGCUCAAAGAGUUGAGCAUCACCCUUAUCUCAACAGCUGUGAGAAUUGCUCAGUCCAGGCUCCAUCCAUAAAUGUGCUUUUAUAGAUAUCUUACUGUUGCUAGGUUGGACAAGCUUUAAAGAACACUGGUAAUACUACAAUUCAAUUGAGUGACAAGUUCACAUGAGAAAUUGUAGGUUUUACUCAUUCCGAGUCAACAGGAUAUAUUUCCUGUCUAAACACACAGUAUCUCCAGGUAGUUCCCCGGGCGAAUCUGCAUGAAUAUUAUAAAGAUAUUUUCAGCAACCCCUGGAAUUUUUCACACUAUAAGGAACACUAUUAAUAAACGUCUAUUUUCUGGUCUGUUUUCAUAAUUAAGGCGCAUUUUAUGCAACACUAGUAACUAGUAGUAAGAAAAGGGGUGUCGCCAUGUUUUCCUUCUAAAUUCAGACCAGCUAAGCUAAGUAAACUAAAACGUAAUUCUUAAAAACAAAUACAUCAGAUACAUCAGACAAGUCAAACGAGCAUUGGAUGUUAAUCUACAUGUUUUUUCUCCUGAAAACUGUUUAUUUGGGUGAGUAAAGUGCUUCCGUUUAUUUACAGUAAGCUUAGAUUUACAGAUUUCCACCAAAGCUGGAGCAUUAGCAUUAGCGGCUAACCGCUAGUGGAUAGAAGAUAAUGCCACCCAACAGAGCUACACUGAGGAACCCUGAGUGUUCCAGUAAGCCAGGGCAAUAUUAGCUAGCAUUUCAUCCCACUUAGCUUGUUUUAACACAGUAAACACACAGGCUACAGUCCGAUAUAUACUUACCUCUGAACAACAAAAUGGCAUGUUCCAUAAGUGAAUCUUCUUAAAUUCUUGAGCAAACUUGAGAAAUUUAUAGUUAAUUAAACUUAAAGUCGUGUGGGUUACUAAACUCUGCAAUCUCAAUAAAACAUGCAGUGAUAUAUUCAUAAAAUUACCUUUUAAGCGCAUCUGAAAAUGAAUCUUCAUAUUCCAUUUUUCCCACUUCACGUUUAAAAAUUUGAGUGUGUUGCCAUUUUUUUUAUCUUGUCCAAUGUAGCAAUAGUUUCCAUAAAAGAAUGCGCUUGUGGGUGGAGAAUGGAUUUGAACAUGCUCUUCCCAUGCAGUAUUUUGAGUGUUAAGUUGAUCUGAAAAGCGAUGGAGUAAAAAAUAAUUUCUCCGAACUUUAAUUCUUUAUGCACCUGCGUCCUCCUCCCCUAUUCGAGACAACCUUGUGGUUUGAAGUGAUCUGAGUAUUUUUCUAUAGAGUUCAGCUGAGUGUCUGUAUGUGUGUGUGUGAUUGUGUGUUGCGUGUGAGGCAGGGAGUGCACUUGUGCCGUGAAUGUGUUCCUUUUACUGUACUUUUACAAAUCUCGUUUAAGGCACGAUAUAUAGAGAAUAUACACCGUAUAUUUGACAUGGCAUCAUAAGUCACCUGGUUUAUUUAUACUGGCCUGAGCACUUUUCAUCUUAAAGCGCAAUGUCCAGAUCUGCAUGUUUUAUAAUGCUGUAUUGUUUUGAAAGUAGAAUAAAAAAAAUAAAAAAAAAACAUAUGUAGCCUUUGUGGUUUUGAAGACCCUGUAUAACAUUUGCUUAUUUUUGUAAAACAAUAAAAAGUAAUCUGUUUAAAUGAAAUAUAGCUGUGACUGUAGUUAUGAAAGUAAAGUUUUAAUAUAAAA